CUCCGAAAAUCCUGUGAAAUUCGUGUUCUCGAUUUCCUGCAAAGAAAUUUUCAGUUCUUCCAAUGGGGGCGCCGAAUCGAAGGGCCGACGGCAAUCUGAUCGAUCGAUACGAAUCAUUGAGGCUCAGGGAAUCGCUCGCGAAAUCCUCUCAAUACGUCUCCGCCUGCAGGGAAUUGAGCUUUAUUUUGAAGAAUGGAUAUUCAAAAUUCCCCAAAAAUCUUCAGUCGCUCGUAUUUUAUGACGCUAUCUUCGCAUUCACCCUUCUCCCAGCGAUGCAGAUGCAGUCUGCAAUUUCAGCAGCUAAUUUGCUUUUGCAAAGCGCGGAGUCUUCUUUGCCAAAGCAAAAACGAGCAGUGGCGGUUAAGGAGCACAAGAAUGCUGUUGUUGCAAGUAAGAGAAAAUCGAAGGCAACCAGUGAGGAACCAGGAUCGGAUCCACUGCCGCAGGAUGUCCUUGUACAUAUAUUUAGCUUCUUGGAUGUGCAGUCUCUAGUCUCUGCUUCUUCAGUAUGCUGGUCGUGGAAUGUUGCAGCUUGCGACAGCCAUUUAUGGAAACGGUUAUAUAAUUCUUUCUUCCGCAAUUCAUACAAUGCUAAGCACACCAAUCGAUUAAAUUUUGUCGGGGAUGAGUGGAGGCGCGCAUACAAAACUGCAUAUAAAGAGUCGUUCGGAAAAUUCAAUUCGAAUAGAGGGUACUGCAGAAGUUGCUUUUCGGUUUUAUGGCUAAGCAGCAGCGAUUGUUUGAUUAGACAUUGCUGCCGGAUCAAGCCGAUGUCCACACAAAAGGUUUUUGAGUACAUUGUGGAUGGGGAUAUAUGUUGGGAUUCUGAAAGUGGGAGUGACAGCGACGUAGAAGACAUGGAUGAGAUUGAUAUGUCUGCCCUCAAGCUGUGGGCCUAUCCCAGAAUUACUUAAUUACGAGUAGUAUUUACAACCAUGUAUAAUAUGUACUAUUAAUUUUAAUACCCAAAUCGAUUAUGAACUAUCA